UCACAAUGGUCUCGACCAAAAGAACCAAAAUAAUUAUCAACGUCUCCUCUUCUUAUCUUCAACAAGCAUCACCAUCAGCUGAAGAAAUUGCAAACAAUGAUGAUCUUUUGAUUGAAUUACUUCUUCGCCUCCCAAUCAAAUCCUUGCUCAAGUUCAAAUCCGUGUCCAAACACUGGCUGUCCCUUAUUUCCAACCCCCACUUCUCCUUCCACCUAAAUCUUAUCCGCAGACCCACCUCUGGCCUCUUUUUGUGUAAUUCGUAUUCACACCUUCUUCCUGAAUAUGACUUCAUCAAUCUUCAUUCCAAUCCUUCUCGGGCGCCCUUUAAGUCUCUCACUUUUGUUAACGACCCAUCAGGGAUCAAGGUCCUGCAAUCUUGCAAUGGUCUACUGUUAUGUAACAGUUUUCGGGGGCGAGGGCGUGACUACAACAGUUUUCGGGGGCGAGGGUGUGAAUACAACUAUUACAUUUUCAAUUCCACGACCAAGCAAUACACUACACUUCCUCCACUCCGUGUUAAAACUGGAGUUUCUAGAUCUAUUUUUGGUGUUAACUUAGCAUUCGAUCCUUUAAAAUCACCUCAUUACAAAGUCAUUUGUGUAAGAAAUUGUGACUCUUUGCGCCAUGGUCAUUAUCAGAUAGAGAUUUACUCACCAGAAACCGGGCCCUGGAGACUAUCUGGAGGUACAUUCACUGGACCAACUGAUACAAACUUCAACCGUGGUGUGUUUUGGAAGGGUGCCAUCCAUUGGAUUAGUCCAUCAGGCACUUGCUUCUAUUUUAACGUUGAUGAAGAGAAACUACGCGAUAUGCCAAUGCCUCCAAUUCCUGAAGAAUGGGAUGAGCGAAGACGUAGCUACUUUGGAGAGUCUGGAGGCCAUUUGCACCUUAUUGAGAAUUAUGGUCCUGGCGGUGCUGUGUUUAAUGUUCUGGAAAUGGAGAGAGACUACUCCGGAUGGUUUGUGAAGUAUAAAGUUGAUCUUUUUGGGGUUGCAACUGUUUUCCCUGAGAUGAUAAGGAACCAUAAUGAUCCAGAACCAGGUCCAGAAGAGCUGAAUGACUACGCAUUUUCUGUGCUAUGUGUUGCAAGAGAAGAGAAUGAUGAGGACUCCUAUUUGGUAGUGCAGAUACCAAAGAAAGUAAUCCGUUACAAUUUCAAGGAUCAGACCUUCAAGAAGAUUCAUGAUUUUGCUCCAAGUGAAUUUGACGCUCAUGAACCAGAAUUGGAACGGGUUGAUGUUUUUCAACAUAAUGAGAGCCUUGCUUGUGUUUGA